AACCAAGCUAAACAGAGGGCUGGCUAAGCGAGGCGCUACUGUAAAGCGGUUACUGUGUGUUUUCUAAAUUUGUUUCCACAGCUGGGCCGCUGCCAUGACGACUCUGGAUGACAAGUUGCUGGGCGAGAAGCUGCAGUACUACUACAGCAGCAGUGAGGAUGAAGGCAGUGACAAUGAAGAUGAAGAUGGGGAGAAAAAGACUAUCCGUGAUGCAAGUGCCUCUGAGCCAGAGAUAGACUACAGUGCAGAUGGAAGUGCUGUUAACACAGGUCCAAAGGGAGUCAUCAAUGAUUGGAGGAAGUACAAGCAGCUGGAAGUGGAACAGAGGCAGGAGCAGAAAAGGGAAAUGGAAAGACUGAUAAAGAAGCUGUCGAUGACAUGCCGCUCAGACCUUGACCUGAAAAAAGACAAAGAGGAGGAGAAGAAGCUUCAGGACAAAAUUAAAAGCAAAAUGACUAUGCAGGAGUACAACAUGCUCCAGGAGGAAGAGGACGAUGAAGACUUCCUGCAGCAGUACCGCAUGCAGCGCAUCGAACAGAUGCGGCGCCAGCUCUGCCGUGGAAAACGCUUUGAGCGCGUUCAUGAGCUCAAUAGCGGGGAGGAGUUCCUGGAGGCUUUGGACAACGAGGACAAGAGUACACUGAUAAUGAUCCACAUCUAUGAGCCAGAUAUCCCCGGCUGCGACGCCAUGAGCGGCUGCCUGAUGUGCUUGGCACAGGAAUACCCUCUGGUGAAGUUCUGCAGCGUGCGCAGCUCAGCCAUCAGCACCAGCGAGCUGUUCAGAGAGAGCGCCCUGCCCGCUCUGCUCGUCUACAAAGCAGGAGACCUGAUAGGCAACUUUGUGCGGCUCACCGACCAGCUUGGGGAGGAUUUCUUCGCCGUAGACCUGGAGGCGCUUCUACAGGAGUACGGCCUGCUGCCGGAGAAGCCCCCUAUCGUCCCAAAAACACUUCGUAACGGAGCCAUCAUUCAGAGCAACGUGAGCGAUGAAGACUCAGACCUUGACAUAGACUAGUUCUCUAUUAUCCAGUAUGUACAUUUCAUUUGGUAAACCUGCACACCCCGUUAGCAUGGACUGUAUAUCAUAUUUAUUUCUGAGAACCCCUUGUAGAGGUCCUGCUCUCAUCUUACAGCACCAGAGCCAAAGCAGAAGAAGUAAAUGACUUCAUAUCAUUCCAUUCUGAAUAUUUGGACAUGAUCAUAUUUGAAACACAGAGAGAGUAAUAUGGCUGUAUGUACAGUUCAUUUAUUCCUUGAAGCUCUCAUGGUUAACCUCUAUCUUCUGUGUUCAUUCAUUCCUCUGCAUUGUUUCCUAACUUGUCAGCUCUAUGAAAUGUUUCACUCUUGACAAAGUUGAACCUUUAAUUCCAGACUGACAUUUUAUUAGUUUUGUAACUUUUCUAUGUGCUGUAACCUGAAAUAAACUGCAGCGUGUU